AUGCGGGAGCGACCUCGUUUAAGUAUACGCCGAGGACGUGGGGAACCAGCGUACCUGCGGGAUAUGACGUCAAGAAUGAGUGAACCAAGAACGUUGCUAGAGCGAGAGAGGAGCACCAACGUCACUUCCACUUAUGAUUAUAUGAAUACUACUACUAACAAUAAUAAUAAUAAUAAUAAUAAUAAUAAUAAUAAUAAUAAUAAUAAUAAUAAUAAUAAUAUGAAUAACAACGCCUAUUCAAGAUCACCAGAACGCUCUCACCAGGAGGGUGUAUUUCAGUCGUACUGUAAGCGUGUGGCAUCACUUGCCAAAGAAACAGUUACGGGAUUGUUGCACGUCAUGACUCCCUCACCCCAUUCCCCAGAGCCAAAGUAUGACUCUGUAGAGGCUGCAUCUAACAUCCCCGUCCACCGCUCUCCGUUGCCUCAUGUAUCUCCACAUGACAACGCGCCAUUGACAAUGGACCCAUCGUUUCAAAACCGACAGAAUGCCAAUGAGAGCUUUACAGCACUGCCGCGGCAAAGUUUUCCACAUGAGGCUAAUUACUCUUCAGCACCUACAGUACCACUCCCAUCACCUUCAAUAACAAGACUACCGCCAACGGCACUUGCCCCAACACCACCCCCGCAGGUUGUGUACAAUUUUUAUUAUAUGAAUGGAGGCGCAGCGCCAAUUCUUCCUAUUACCCCGGGACAGACAAUACAGCCUGACUACAUCAUGAAUUCUUCAUCAACGUGGAAUAGAGCCAGUAUACUUGCACGUCGUUCAGUUUCCCACAAGCGCGAGCGUAACGUGCAAGAUCUAUCACAGAAACUUCGACAAAAGGCACCCACUGAUCACCUUGUCGCCUCAUCUGCACCACAAAGCAUAAAUGAUAGCGGUCAAACGUUUCCCACAUCAAACAUAAGUUAUAGAGCAUCUCUUAACACGAGUUACUCGGGUGAUACGGCUUUGAAAGCAACGACUUCAGAAGACCUCACAGCCCAAGAGAACACUACAAAGAAAUACAGAAUGGACUCUGAGAGGGCAACAACAGAAUUUAAACAAGGUUCUGCUAUAUCAACAGAAAGAAGCCGAACCACCACCCUCUCUGGUGGGUUUGUAAAGAGUGGGCCACCGGUUGUAAUUCCAGAUGAUGAUGGCUUUGCAUCAAACGCUGGAAGUGACGAUGAGGAUUCAAAGAAA